UCUUUAAUGGCCUGAAAUGAACGGGCAGGUUUAUUAAAGCAGAGCCUUGUCUCAAGGACUCAACAGCUGAUCUGGAAACUCGGAUCAUUUGCUCUGAGCAAAGUUGAACAGAGCUUUCCAGUGGCGGAGGCGCAGUUAUUUUGAAGAGGGGAUGAAUAUCUGAACAUGUUGUAUUUACAGAGGAUUAUUAUUUUAUUACGUACAGUUAGAUAAAACUCAUUUUAUUCAGUGUGCUGAUUCAACUGUGUGGCUGCAGUUUGUUCUGCUGGUGAAUUGUGUGCAUCACACAGUGCAGUGUGUGUUGACAUCAAGGUGUUCCUAAUAAACUGACAACUGAUGAUACUCCUGUUUUCAAGGCUUGUUUAUAUUUAAGGCUUGGAUAAAAUGACCCCCUCCCUGCAUGUGUCUCCCUUCUCAGCUGGUUGUGUGAACGCGCAGAUUUCCGACGGCCCCUGAACGCAGCAGGAGUCCUCCCAGUCGGAUCCGGCUGAACGUGACGCGCCGACUCGGAGCCGAGCGAGGUUUCCUGGCGGAGCUGCGGAGGGAGCAGGAGCCGAGCGGGUCCGUCUGUCUGUCCGUGUGUCUGUCUUGUCUGCCGCCGCAGUCUCGUGUCUGUCUGGGACAACAAUAAAAAAAACACCCUCCUCUUUUCGGCUUCCUCGGUCGUCGGCGGCUAUGGCUCCAUCGCUGUCCUCCUCCUGUUUUCGCCGCUGAGGGACGUUACUCCGUCGGAUGCUCCAGUGCCCAUAGAGGAGGAGGGGGAGGAGGAGGAGGGGGCAUCCCUGUCAUUCUUCGACUGCCAGGCUGACUCACCACCGGAGCGCCUGAACACAGCAGGAGGAGAAGAAGAAGAAGAAGGAGAAGAAGAGUGAGAGAACGAGGGAGUGAGGAAAACUGUGAAGCAGAGAGCGAGAAGGAAGGAAGGAGAGGGAGGGAGAGAAAGAGGGGAGAACUGAAGGGAGAUAAAGAGGGGGAGAAGAGACAAGACGGCAAGAGGAAGUGAGGUUGGGUCGGCGGAGGAGAGCGAGAGGAGGAAAGAGAAAGUGGCAAAGAGAGAGAAAGACAGAGAGAGGGCAGAUCUGAGGUCAGGUGAGAGCGGGCGCAGGUAGGUCAGAGGUCAAGCGGUCAGACGGACAGCUGACUGAGCUUCACCUGGAACUCCCCCCCCCCCCCGCUGUCCGGCGACCGCUGUCCCUUCACGGUCACCACACUGGGAGAACUGGGAGAACUGGUGACGAGGAGAAGCCACCAUGAGCGACCAGAACGUCGUCAAGGAAGGCUGGGUCCAGAAAAGAGGUGAGUACAUCAAGAACUGGCGACCGCGCUACUUUCUGCUGAAGACAGACGGCUCUUUCAUCGGCUACAAGGACAAACCGCAGGACUCUGACCUGGCCUACCCGCUCAACAACUUCUCUGUAGCAAAAUGUCAGCUGAUGAAGACGGAGCGGCCCAAGCCGAACACAUUCAUCAUCCGCUGUCUGCAGUGGACCACCGUCAUCGAGAGGACUUUUCACGUCGACACGCCUGAUGAGAGGGACGAGUGGGCCGAGGCCAUCCAGAUGGUAGCCGAGUCUCUGGCCAAACAGGAGGAGGAGGGCAUCCUGUGCAGCCCCACCUCCCAGAUCGAGAACGUCAACGAGGAGGAGAUGGACACCUCCAUCAGCCACUACAAACGAAAGACAAUGAAUGACUUUGACUAUCUGAAGCUUCUGGGCAAAGGCACUUUUGGGAAAGUCAUUCUGGUGAGGGAGAAGGCGAGCGGCACCUACUACGCCAUGAAGAUCCUGAAGAAGGAAGUCAUUAUAGCCAAGGACGAAGUUGCUCACACACUCACAGAAAGUAGGGUAUUAAAAAACACUCGGCAUCCAUUCCUAACUUCUCUGAAGUACUCGUUCCAGACGAAGGAUCGGCUGUGCUUUGUAAUGGAGUACGUCAACGGAGGAGAGCUGUUUUUCCACUUGUCAAGAGAAAGAGUUUUUUCGGAGGACCGCACCCGUUUCUACGGCGCUGAGAUCGUCUCCGCUCUAGACUACCUACAUUCUGCCAAGAUCGUCUACCGUGAUCUGAAGCUGGAGAAUCUCAUGUUGGACAAAGACGGCCACAUCAAGAUCACAGACUUUGGCCUCUGCAAAGAAGGCAUCACCGACACUGCCACCAUGAAGACCUUCUGUGGAACACCAGAAUACCUGGCUCCUGAGGUGUUGGAGGACAACGACUACGGGCGGGCGGUGGACUGGUGGGGUUUGGGUGUGGUGACGUACGAGAUGAUGUGCGGCCGCUUGCCGUUCUACAACCAGGACCACGAGAAGCUGUUUGAGCUCAUCCUCAUGGAGGAGAUCAAGUUCCCACGCACCCUGUCGGCCGACGCCAAGUCGCUGCUGUCGGGGCUUCUCAUCAAGGACCCGAACAAACGACUGGGCGGCGGACCGGAUGACGCUAAGGAGAUCAUGCGACACAGUUUCUUUGGCACAAUCGACUGGCAGGACGUCUACGACAAGAAGCUGGUCCCACCUUUCCAGCCCCAGGUCAGCUCAGAGACGGACACACGCUACUUCGACGAGGAGUUCACAGCACAGACCAUCACCAUCACUCCGCCGGAAAAAUACGAUGAGGACGGGAUGGAUGCGGCGGACAACGAGCGAAGGCCUCAUUUCCCACAGUUCUCCUACUCAGCCAGCGGGCGGGAGUGAGCGCUCCGGGCCCUGACAGCCAGUAUCGUCCCCAUUCGUGGCCAUUUUGAGGAAAACACGUAGCCAUUUUAGGAAAAAAAGAAUACCAGUCUCCCCUCUUUUUCUCCUUCUCUGCCUCCUCGCAGACGGGGGAAAAGUCUUUUUAGGGACUUUAAAAGAGGUUUUUGCACAGUGGGAUAGACUCCAGCCGGUCUCCCCACACUAAAAAAAAUAAGUCUCCUACAUUUUCAGCGCUAUUUACUGCAGAAGGCAAUGUUUUUAUUAUUUAUUUUUUUCUCUCCGUCAGUAUUAAGUUGUCGACCCAGGUUUGCGUUCGUCUGUUUUUGUUUGUUUGUUGUUUCUGCCCUUUUCUUCUUCUUCUUUUGACUUUUUGCACUUGGUUUGGAAGAGCCGUUUUAGGGAACAAAAAACCAAAAAUGUUGCCUUACGUGUGCAGAUGUUUCGUAUCAUACCGACAGGGUGUUUUUUUGGGAGAGGGCGGGUGGGUUUCGGGUUGUGAGGGGAUCAUUCUUAGUUGAGAAUAAGUGCAUGGCUCGUGGUUCACUCAAAAAAAAAAGAAACAAAAAAAAAACUACAAAAAACAAAACUAAAAAAAGUUUCUUUCUCAUACAUUUGCCAUGGCAGCGCACAUUCCCCAAUCCCAUGGCAAUGAAAAUCACUGUCUACAGGUUAAAACAAAAAAACAAACAAAAAACAAAGACAGAAAAUGAGGAUGGACGAGUCUGUAUCAUUCCUUUCAUCGUUGCAGUGUUACUACUUUGCUCUCGUACUUUUUUUUUUAACCCCAUUUCUUUUCUCUCGCGCUUUUACUUUUUAAGUUGUUGUUUUAUUUUGAAACAGGAAACACUAAACUGCCAGAAACUGCACAGUUCACUCAGGCGCCACAGAGCACAACCGCGUUCAAACUCAGCUAACCGCUCCAGCUUUCCACAGCCGGCAGGGGAACGAGGCCUUUCUCUGCUUUCUCACCGCUUCUCCUCCUCCUCUCUUCUGUUUCCUCAUCGUAGCUGUAGGACUAGUGGAAUGGAUGUUUACACAGGGAAACGUGGCUUAAUGUAUGUAUGUACUGUAUGUAUGUGGGACAUGGGGGUCAACCUUAUGCUGUCAUAGCACACACACACACACACACACACACACUCGCUCACACAUAUAUUUACACUCAGAAACAGGAAACAGCUGUGAGUUCUCCGCACUGAUCGGACUCAGGUCGGCAGUUUGCUCCAAAACCAAUCGGAUUCUCCGAACAGAAAAAUGCACACUGCGACUUUUUGGUUUUGGUGUUUCGGUUCGGGAAGGAGCACUUCCUGGAUUCAGUCCUCCAAGAAACCUUCAGGUCACUGUGUUUUUAUUUAUACCUUUAUUAUCACCGUCGUAAUGAAGCUAAAAACAAACUGAUGUCUAAAAAGUCAGAUUUUAUUUAUUUACUUACCUGCUCCAUUAUAUCAUUUCUCUAAAUUUAAUGUCCCUGAAUGAUGCUGCUAUAAUUCUCAACCCCUUAUUUAUUUAUUUAUUUAUUUGCUGCCCCUUAAAGCCCAGUCAAAUCUAAAUAUCUCCAAGUCUAAAGACACUGGAAAUAAAUACCAUGUGUGAUGGAAACUCCCACCAGGCUGGAAAUUCCCAGAAAACAAAACAAGACGACGGUGAUCUCAGCGUCCCCGGGAGAGCGUGUGUUCGCGGCUAAAAAGCCAAAUGGGGCGACUGAUUACGCAAUUUUCUUUUUAUAAGUUGUGAACAAAAUUUACAAGACUCAUUCGGGACCGUCAGUUUUGUUACUGAGUUUCAGUGUCGGGGGAAAAAAACAGAUAAAACCUCUGUAGCUGUUGAUCCUCCCACUCAUAUUCCUGGUGAAGAGAGUUUGUUCGCUCCUGAAGGUCGGACGACGAAAACUCAUUCAAACACUGAAUUAAACCAAAAUGAAAGAAGCCAAAACAUUUUGACCACUGCUUAAUAUGCUGUCGGUCCACGCCAGUUGGAUUGAGGCAGGUUUUCAGAUAGUCCGGUUCAGUUCGGGUCCGACAUUUUGGGCCUGUAGACCAGACCAUGCAGUACCCACUGUGUCCACUAGGGGGUCUGAGAGAUGAGAGCCUGGUGAGAAAACCUGAAAAAAGUUCAGUUCAACAUUAAAACACCUGAAAGCAAUGAAUCGUGAACUUUUGCCCGUUUUUUCCCUUUUGAAAACACAUCGCGUUUGAUUUGGUUUGUGGAUAAAACUGCCGACUUAAUCUGUCCUUAACGAGAAGCAGGAAUCAAUUCACGCUCCUCAGGGUUCCUGCACAACAUCUGGAAAGGUUUAGAGGAAGUAUUUUGGUGAUUCCCAGGUCUUAAAAGCUGUUUUUUUCCCCCCAGUUGCUCAAGAGUUUGGGAAAUCGUUGUUUUUCUGAUGUACGGUCGUCUCACGCUGUGUGAAGGCUGUUGUUCAUGUGGAGAUGUGAUGAGAAAUGUGAAACAUAUCGAACAGCAACAGUGAAAAGGUGGAGUAUUGUGACAUUUAGGAGAAACUGUGGAGGAACCCUGAGAGCUUACACAAGCUUUUUUUUUUUUUAAAGGAGAAAUAUUCACACACAUACACAGAUAUACAAAGACUGUUUUUAGACGAUAAAUCAGAGUAUAGAAACUUAAUUUAUCACACAGACGCUAAGAGAAACGAGGCUUCCAGCUCCACAGAUGCGGGGCUCUGUCCCUGUUUAUCCUGUCAGUAUUAUAAGAGAAAUUCAUUUAUUCACACAUAUACAUUAUUAAUUUCUUUUAUCUUUAUUUUAAAAUCCGAACUGGGGGUAUCAAUAAAUCACUAAUCAUGUCACAGAUCACGAGAAAACUGAGCCGUGAGACACUCAUGUAAGAAGACUGUGAGGACUGCCGGAAAAAAAGUCGAGUCGCCCCAAACUUCUUGAUGUAAAUAUGCAAUGCCUUUUUUUUCUUUUCUUUUUUUGUGUCUUUAGUGGCAUCUUGACAGACGAGACAUAAACAUGUUGUUUUCUGUGUGACUGUACUUCAAGCUUGCUGAUGAGAAUAGUGACUGAAAAAACAACAACAACAACAAACGACUUAAAAAACUGCAAUUAAGAAAACAUUUAAAACGAAGGGAAAAAAAAGUCAAAGACUGGACCCUACCAUCGGUUUUUGAUUUAGAUGUUUUCUUUUUCCGGGUUGAUGACGUCGGCUCAACUCUGUUUUUUUGUUUUCAUCCACGGAGGAUGUUUCCAUGGAGACAAACCCCGCCCUCCCCCCCUUCCUCCGCCUUCCUGUCACCGUGGUCCUCGAAAAAUCAUCGACUCCCAAAAAUACCUGUGAGAGGACAUGACUGUAACUGUGGAGUCUGCACCGUCAUCUGUUCCCUUCACCCUCUAUGAAAAGAAAAAAUAAAGUGGGACCAUGGAUGACGAUUUUUAAUUUUUUUGCAGUGCUGGUUUUUUCAUCCGGUCGUUUCAAUCCCAUCAUCCCUCGCUCCCCACCCCCUCCCGUUUUUUUGUACCAUAGUAUUUGUUUUAUUUAUGUUUGUCAUUCUAGGCAGUGUUACCUUGUAUGUCGUUAAAAAGGCACCUCUUGAAAGUCGCUGAAGGAGGAUGACGAUGAUGACGAUGAUGAUGAUGGAUGCAUUAACUGAAGUCUCUUUAUUUUUUUUGUUUUGUUUUGUUUCUUUUCGGAUCGUUUGCUUGUUUGUUUUCUUACCAAAACAUUAGGGCAAGAACCCAGUAGUGGACUUGCAUUGCCGUGGUAGUAUUUAUUUUGAAUUAAAUUAAAAGAAAUACAUUUCAGGGUU